GGAGCUUUGCAGCGUAGAUAUCAGAGGCUUCCACCUGCUUCCCUCAUUGUACUUUACGCAUCUCGUCAUCAUGCGUGAAAUUGUACAUCUGCAAAUUGGACAAUGUGGAAACCAAAUCGGCUCAAAGUUCUGGGAAGUGAUCACAGACGAGCAUGGCAUCAGCCCAACCGGCAUCUACGAUGGAGAUAACAACAUUCAACUGGAGAGGGUCAAUGUCUACUUCAAUGAAGCACAUGGUCAGCCACUUUUGCUUAUAGUAGAGUCCAAGUUAUUAACAAUAUUAAGAAAUGCUAAAGAAAUGUCCAUUGUGUAUCCAGGUGGUAAAUAUGUACCCAGGUCACUGCUGGUGGACCUAGAGCCUGGCACCAUGGACAGCAUCAGGGGAAGCCGCAUUGGUGCGCUUUUUAGGCCAGACAACUUCAUCCACGGCAACUCCGGUGCUGGCAAUAACUGGGCGAAGGGCCACUACACAGAAGGAGCCGAGCUGAUAGAACAGGUGAUUGAUCGAGUGAGGAACGAAAGCGAGAGCUGUGACUGCCUGCAAGGCUUCCAGCUGGUCCACUCCCUCGGUGGCGGCACCGGCUCCGGUAUGGGAACCCUCAUGAUCAACAAGAUCCGAGAGGAGUACCCUGACCGGAUCAUGGCCAGCUUCAGUGUCAUGCCCUCCCCUAAGGUCUCAGACACGGUGGUGGAGCCCUACAACGCCACCCUGUCGGUCCAUCAGCUCCUGGAGAGCACAGACGAGACCUUCUGCAUUGACAAUGAGGCAUUGUACGAUAUAUGCUUCCGUACGCUUAAACUGACCACGCCCACAUACGGGGACCUCAACCACUUGGUGUCCUUGACCAUGAGCGGUGUUACCACGUCACUGAGGUUCCCUGGGCAGCUCAACGCAGACCUGAGAAAGCUAGCGGUCAACAUGGUACCGUUCCCCCGUCUCCACUUCUUCAUGCCAGGCUUUGCCCCGCUAACGGCCCGCGGAAGUCAGCAGUACCGAGCCCUCACAGUGCCUGAGCUCACUCAGCAGAUGUUUGACGCCCGUAACAUGAUGACGGCCUGCGACCCCAGAAGGGGCCGCUAUCUCACUGUCGCCGGUGUCUUUCGUGGGCGGAUGUCCACCAAGGAGGUGGAUGAACAAAUGCUGUCCAUCCAGCAGAAAAACAGCAAUUACUUUGUAGACUGGAUCCCUCACAACGUCAAGGUCGCCGUAUGUGACGUGCCGCCCCGAGGCCUGAAACUGGCCUCCACUUUCAUCGGCAACAACACAGCCAUCCAGGAGAUAUUCAGUCGAAUAGGUGAUCAGUUCUCCCUGAUGUUCAAACGCAAGGCCUUCCUCCACUGGUACAUUGGCGAGGGAAUGGACGAGUUGGAGUUCACCGAGGCCGAGAGCAACCUUAACGACCUGGUGUCAGAAUACCAGCAGUACCAAGACGCCACAGCUGAUUUGGAGUCAGAAUUGGAAGACGAAGAGGAGGAAGCGCCCUUGAAGGCCGUGGCCACAGUGGUUCAGUCUCGGAUGGAAGUUCAAAUGGAAACAGUGACAGAAACAAGUAGAGAAACUGACGAUUAAGGAAAGACUGUGGGUACGUGGUCUGGUUAAGUAUAAAGAUCUUUAUAACAAUGUACUUAUAGUGUGUGAUGUACUUUGACAAUAAACACCACACACUUAACCAUCUGUCCACCAAUUAUUAAGAGGCUAGUCCCAAAUACCAACCAACGUGACUUGAUGUAGUACCAGCAUUGGCCUGUGAGAGGCAACAAUGUGCCUCAGUGGACCCAGACUGCCAGAGACUAAAACUGAAGAAGCGAUUAGGCUAGCUGUAAGCUUACCUGGCAACUCCAUUGUGGUCUCUUCUCUUCAUUGGAUGAUUUGUAGGAAAGGAAUCGGGACCAAAAUUGCCUAUAUUAUCUUUAAAUAUGUAUGCCGCUUUAGAAAAAUAACUAAUAUAUAUUAUACGAUUAGUCCAGGGUGUACCCUGCCUCUUUGCCAAAGACAGCUGGGAUAGGCUCCAGCAUACCCACGACCCUAAUGAGCAUAAGCGGCAUACAAAAUAGAUAGAUGGAAUAUAUAUUAUAUAUGUCUAUCAAAAAAUGCUACUACAUGGUGCUGUGGAAUAUGAAUAUAAUUAUACUUUGGUUGCAUGGAUUGUAUGCUUGUAAGAUACCUUCAUAGCCAUAUAGGAUUCAAAUGAAUGGAGGGGUAUUUUUGGCUGUAUAUAUAUGCAUUACUGUCUUUGUUUGAAUUCAUCUGCAUUUAAUUCGAUUGUGUUUAAAAUGUUUCUGAAGACCCAUUAUGUAAUUACAUAUAUAAUCAUAUAAUGAAAAAAGUUUUAAUAUUGCUACAAUGAAGUUGCAUUUUUGCUAAAAAAAAAAAAAAAGUUGUAAAAUAUUUUUAUAUAUUCUACAAUAUAUAAGAUAUUCUGUGUUGUAUUUUUUAUUCUUCCAGUAUUGUUUUUCCAGUGAAUCCUCAACAGAAUUCGAUUACAAUAACUAAAAGAUAUUUUUAGUGUAACAGGACUCUAGGACUAACUCGAGUGAUGGACUGUAUUGGAGCUGAUAGUGUGUUCUGGCUGUCUGUCAUGUCACUCCGUUUCCUCCCACUGAGAGAAGUGGUCUGGGACUUUGAGAUUAAACAUCAUAUUGCCUUCAGUGUCUGUGCCAUGUUGAUAAGCUUGAAUAGUUUGAAUAGUUGGUGCAAAUGUUCCUGCAAUAAAGUUGUCUAGAUUCUUAUAUUUUUUUUUUAUUGUGCUGUGGUUAAUAAUAUCCAAAAAGACUACACAAAUUGUGAAUACAAAGAAAAAAAGUGCAGGCUUAGCUCAAAAAUAAGGUUUUGCAUUGGAAUUAGGACUCUUAAUGAUAAGGAUUGCCACUUUCUACUGAGGACAACAAGGACACAAAGUCCUUAGUGACAAGGACAAUGGCCCACUCAAUAGAAAUCCACACAUAAUUUAAGCAUCGGAAUAAUCAGUUAAUAUUUGGUCACACUGAAAAGCUGGAAAUAUGAAAUAUUUACAAAAUAUUUAUAUAUUUUGUAAUUGCCUUGAAUAUGUAAUUCAAGGCAAUCACUAUUUAUUGUACUUUUAGAAAUAAUACACCUAUCACAUGCACUGAUUGUGUAAACUUGA